AUGCUACCAUCAACGAUGCGACGAAGCGCCCUGCUUCAACGAACCUCCCUCAAUCGAUUCGCCAUCGCCGGCCGUCACUUCCAGACCAGCCCUCGACAACUCGCCAGCAAAGAAGACAUCCUCGACAAAGACCGCAUCAACACCGAAUCAAGAGAAUACAGCAAAACAGGCGGGGACUCCGCAGCAGCCGCAACAGAAGACGCAGCUUUCAGCGCAGACAAGACGAGACCCGAGGAGGAACAUGCUGCGGCGAGUCGACAGUCGGGAGGAGCGCAGGAGGCGAAUAACCCUUUGAAUGUCAGUCCGGCGAACCAGGAGGUUAGCCAGCCGAAGGGCGCUCAGAGGGGACAUGUUACGGAGGGGUCGACGGGGGAGACGGGGCAGGGGAGUGAGAGGGCGAGGACGAGUGGUGGAGGGAGUCCGGCGAAGGCUGGUGGGGGGAAGUCGGGGGGUGGUGGUGCGGGUACGUCGUGA